CUCUAGCUUCGAGUGUUCGCUUUGUUCAUUUUCGCGCGAAAAUAUAAAAAAGUUUUUUUUUUUCAACCAUGGUUACUGGGAAUGAAUGAAUGAAUGGGAACAUCUCUGUUUUUGUGUUGUUAGUAUAAACAAGUUAGCGUGACGUAAAGUGAGGUGCGCUGUUUUUGUGUUUAGAAAGUGAAUACAAGUGAAUACAAUACAAUAAAGGAUUACAGUGAAUUUCAUGGUGGAAAGCACGUGGGAAAUCGCGGCUUAACUUGGUUUUUAGUAUCCAGUGACAAAAAACGCAACAAUGUCUACAACUGCUACGAGACAUGUCAAAUCAUCCAACUCCGCGAAUAUACUGAUGUGCAAACAGUGGUGGAAGGUAUGCUGGAUGUAUGGAGACCAGGAAAAAUACUACAGACAGUUAUAUGGAAAAAGGAAAGUUCAUAAUCCAACCAUGUUUUUCGACAACCCUGAUACUAAACGACAAGGAGCACAAAUAACUGAAUUAACAGAUGAUUUCUUCGACGACAACAUCUCCAACCAAAUAGAACCAGCUCCGGAUGAAAAAGAAACCAACAGCAAAGAAUGGUUCGGAGCUGAAUCCGAACCGAUAUACGGUUUCGAUAAAACCUGGCACAAAGACCAAAGACGACAGCCAAUACAAAACUACGAGGGUUUAAACGAGAUGUUCGCUUCUAACCUUAAUAGUGAUAGUAUAAAACAAAUUUUAAACGGUCUACCUCCUGAUAAAACUGAAAUUAUAGAUUCAAAUGAAGUUGUUCAUAAAAAUGGUGAUGUGUUCGGUAAAAGUUCAAAACUGGUGUGUAAGACUAAAAAAGGUGCGUUGGUGACUGAAGAAACUGAGAUUAAAACUGAUGGGAAGACCAUGGCUAAUCUUAAGUUUCAAAGGUCUACGGUUAAAACGGGACCGAAUAAAGUGAAGGAAGUGUUACAGUCAGUGAAAGAGGAUGCAGUGUUGGACGAGUGUUCUAGGAAAAAGUGUGUAGGUGAUAAGUUGACGACGAAGACUACCACGCUGGUGACCGUCUCUCAGACUAUGGAGACCAGCUGUAAUGAACCAGUCUGCCGGAACUGCGUGGUAUCACCGACCGGCUCGUCACCACCACCGCUCCACGAGCAGCAAACGUCGCCACCGCCACCAGCCCCCGCGUCACCACUACCCCACCUACCCUCGCCCCAGCCCAGCCACAGCGGCUCAUCCAUACCGAGCACCUCAAACUCCCCUCACCCUUACUCCUACCCCAACUUCAGAAGAAGUCAACCUUACCAAGAAUCCUCAUACUUACUCCAUAGCCAUAGUGUAUCCCAGCUGAACCAACCUGGGCAAUCUCAACCUGGUCAAAGUUACCAUUCCCCUCAGUCACCUCAAUCAGCUAUGUCACUAUCCCCUCACCCAGUUCCUCAGGGCAAGUUAAGAGGGUUGUUGGAACAUGCAGAGAGGCUGAUGAAACCUGGAGAUCCUCAUCGGCAUUCACAGAGUGAUGAUGACUCAGGCUGUGCGCUGGAAGAGUAUACGUGGGUUCCGCCUGGAUUAAGGCCAGAACAGGUGCACCUGUACUUCUCCGCGCUGCCAGAAGACAAAGUCCCGUACGUGAACAGCAUCGGCGAGCGGUAUCGGCUCAAGCAGCUGCUGCAACAGCUGCCUCCACAGGACAAUGAGGUCCGCUACUGCCACGCGUUGUCGGACGAGGAGAGGAAGGAACUCCGGCUGUUCAGCGCGCAGCGCAAGAGGGAAGCGCUGGGCAGAGGCCAGGCGAGGCAGCUGCAUGCGCCCGCGCCGUGCGAUCGGUGUGAAGAGUCGAUGUCCGCGGGCGAUAUGUGCGUGUCAGCGGCUCGAGCGGGCCCCUCCGCGCGCUGGCACCCCGCCUGCUUCGUGUGCAGCACCUGCCAGGAGCUGUUGGUGGACCUGGUCUACUUCUGGAAGGACGGGCGGCUGUUCUGCGGGAGACACCACGCUGAGACUCUGAAGCCACGCUGCUCAGCGUGUGAUGAGAUUAUCCUGGCAGACGAGUGCACGGAGGCGGAGGGCAGGGCUUGGCACAUGAAGCACUUCGCCUGUGCCGAGUGCGCCAAGCAGCUGGGCGGCCAGCGCUACAUCAUGAGGGAGGCGAGGCCCUACUGCUUGCCGUGCUUCGACAACUGCUUCGCGGAGUACUGCGACGCGUGCGGCGAGCCCAUAGGCGUCGACCAAGGCCAGAUGUCCCACGAGGGUCAACACUGGCACGCGACAGAGCGGUGCUUCGCUUGCCAUACCUGUCGAGCGAGCUUAUUAGGCCGCCCCUUCCUACCUCGAAAAGGAGCUAUAUUCUGUUCCAUAGCGUGUUCCAAAGGUGAACCUCCCACACCCUCAGAUUCCUCAGGCCCCGGGCCGCGACCGCCUCGAGUGCCUCGACCUAGAAGGAUUCCGUCACCGAAAUCACCAACCAGUAGAUCGCCGCAGAGAGAACCAUCACCACACAAUAUAGAUGCCGAUUCAGAGCCAAGCGGUUCCAUGGCAUUAGAAACCCCGCCCCCACACCCACCGCCGCCACACGCUUGCCUCAGCCUAGACAGAGCAUUAGCAGAUCUCAGGCUAGAACAGUCCAUGACGGAACAUCAAAUACAACCGUCCCCAACUUCCGAGGAAAUAAAUGACGUUCCCGAUUCAAAUUGGAAGCCACCUCACCCAGUAGAAGCGCAAACUGUCGUCACUCCUGGUCAUUCCACAUCAAUGCCCGAGUUAACCCUAGUUGACGGCAAAGCUAGGAAGCCUCGAGGAGGUAGAACGGUCAGGUUUUGUGGGGACGACAAUGAAGCCUUCGAGCCUGACGAACCGGUCAAGAAAGAGAAGGUCAGAGAUGAUGACGCAAAUAGCUACUGCAGUACCUGCUCUUCGUCGUCUUCCUCGACGGAGUCGUAUACCUUGCCUACGAGAAGAGCGUACGGUGGAGUCAGGAUAUCGUAUGUCCCGAACGACGCAGUGGCGUGUGCGAAGAGAGAAAGACAGAGGAAGAACGCUCAACACGAUAAGAACUGCAUCAUUUCGUGAUCUUGGCUCCUCAUUGUGCCUCCCUCCUAGUGACACCAACCUCCGAGCGAAAGACUGACUUUUUGAUAAUUUUGAUAUACUCUAUCCGCGAAAAGAAGUUAGUAGAGCGCUCUCUCUGUAACGUAAUCCCAUACAAAUGAUAGAGACAAAAAUCUCAGUGGUCGCCAACCAUUUUGAGCCACCAACCAAUC